CCAGAAAUCGUUCGGAAGAGAUGUAGACAGGCUUGUGGUCAUUACCGAAAUCUUAAGACAUUGAAAUGCUAGGAUGUAUCUACCCAAGUGAUCAUCGAUCGCUGUCCACCCUCCUAUUUGCGUGGAGCUGAGAUCCGCGGCCGCCUGGACUGAACUACCGUCUCCUCUACCCCACCAACGUUGUAAGCUUCCAUGUUGCCAACAGUGGCACACGAGUAAACUCCUGCAAAUGGCGCCGUCCGCAGCACCCAUCUCAGAUGCUAUUGUCUCACAAAAGAAGAGGGACGAAAACGUCAAAGGUCGGAGCGACUUGACUCCACUCCAAGCAAUAUCUCAAGGAGUUUGCCUCCCCGGCAUUCCUGUUUUCCCAUCUUUCGACAAACACCGAGCAUGGAUUCUCAACCACAUGGCCGGCGCCUUCCGCGUCUUCGCUCGCAAAGGCUUCACAGAGGGCAUGUCAGGUCACAUCAGCGUUCGCGACCCUGAGUAUCCUCACGCCUUCUGGACCAACCCAUUGGGCAAGCACUUCGCUACCCUCAAAGCGUCCGAUAUGGUUCUCGUGGAUUUCGAUGGCAAGAUUGUUGGCGGGAAUACGUCGAGGCCUGCGAAUGCGGCCGGCUUCCUCAUUCACAGUGCGGUGCACAAGGCGAGGCCGGAUGUGCAUGCAGCCUGUCACUGUCACGGGAAGGCAGGCAAAGCCUGGAGUGCAUUUGGAAAGAAACUUGAGAUGCUCAAUCAAGAUGUUACUUACUUCUACGGUGAUGCGCAGGCUGUGUAUAAUGAGUUCGGAGGCGUUGUAUUCAGCGAAGCAGAAGGCAAGCGGCUUGCGGCGUCCCUGGGCGCUAAAGGUAAAGGGCUAAUCCUGAGGAAUCACGGAUUGUUGACUGUAGGGACGACAGUCGACGAGGCCGCAUACCUCUACACGCUCAUGGAGCGUAGCUGCGAAAUUCAGCUCAUGGUGGAGGCUGCAGCGGCGAACGGACUUCCUAAAGUUUACGUUGAUGAUGAAGCUGCUGCUUACACGUUUAAGAUGGCGAACGAUCCUGAGUCACUGUACUGGGAGUUCCAGCCGGAUUUGGAAUAUGAGCGUGAGAAGUGUCGGGGCGCCUUCGAAGACGUCGAAACUGUCCCCCUGACAUUGUGAAUGAAUGUGAGUUGGAAUCCGGGUCACAAACAGCAGGCAAACUGCAAGUCUACACCACUGGCACAAGGUUGGGCACGAUCGGAAUCCAUAUAAACAGUAUUGAUUAGCAUUCUGGGGCAGCAUUACGAUCAAUAUCGGUAUAGAUCAGGGUUUGUUAUUAUGAUGUGUCUGUGCAGCACGCAAUAGCAAAUUCAGCGCCGCGCUCCUAGGCCGAAUUCAUCAUCAGCCAUUGCACCACAAGCGAACUUCCUUCUACAAAGAGGCGGCGCAGAAUCGAGUACCGCCUUGCAAUUUCCCUGGGCUGAACUUCGCCAUGAACGACGCCCACCUAUCCGGCUUGCGCUGCAGCU